AACUGUCAUUCAAUACGUGUUUGAGUGCUUUCAUUAAAUUUCUUAAUCACUUGUUGAGUGGCUAACUGUGACAUCGUUACUUUUUUUCUACUCCCUCUAAAGAAAGUACCGGAAUUCCUACAUCUCGCCAACUAUGUAACAGCCUAUUUUAAGCUUUUGACGUUUCGUAAUUGUAUCGCGAUUUGCCACCAGUUUUUAUGGAAAUGAUUGCGGUCGUAGAAAAACUAUAUUUCAUCAAUCUAUACCUACUGUCUCAGAAAAGUAUCGACAAUAAGAUCCAGAUCAAAUCAUCUCAAUCGACUACAACAUUGAAUUAUUAGAAUUUUCCAUCUCUCUCUAAAGAUGGUAAUAUUUUUCAUUCGUUCACAUAACUUCACAAAAAAAUGGAAAUAUUAUUUUCAUUGCCAUAGUUAAUUUCAAUUAGUUUUCAUUCAAGCUAAAGGAUAUUAAAUUUAGCAAUGGCAUGACGUCAUGGAUAGCGAAUCAGAGAUGCCAACUCUAUCCACCUUGAAAACGCACACAAACUUCUCAAAUUGAAGUUUGUAUUUGUACUCUAAACAAACCUAUAAAAAUAUUCGCUUUGGACAAUAAUCAAAUUGCAUCACUAUGGUAGAACAUGAAAAUAAUGAAAUAUUUCAUCCUUUUUUGGAUAUAAUGCAUUGUACCAUAAUUUUUAAUAUGAAUAUAAACAUAUAGAUAUACAACUCUAUAAUCCGUGCACUGAAUUCUGAAAUCAAAUUGUUUACGAUGGGAAAUUGUUUGUCAUAACCUCUCAGACUAAAAUGACGUAAAUCAAUGAUAUAAUAAUAAAAAUGAUCAUUAUUUAAGAUAUUAUAGUAUUAUAUUUUUCAUUAUGUUUUCUAAAAUAAUCAUACCAUCAAGGCCAAUUAUAAAGUAUCGUUCUAUAGUAAGAUCAAUAUCUUUAAGUACUACAAAUUAUCGAAUUGCUAAUGAUUCAAAUGCUGUAUAUAUUUUUGAUCGAUAUACUAAGUCUCUUCAACGAGAAAGAGCGUCAGCAGCUCAAGAUGUGAACCUGUAUGACUAUUUGAAAGAUGAAGUAGGUUACCGGAUUGCAGAUAGAGUUUUUGAUAUCAAGAGAAAAUUCACAUUGGCAGCCGAUAUAGGAUGUGGUAGAGGAUAUGUAUCUAAACAUUUGUCAAAAGACUCGAUAGAUCAAUUAAUACUUUGUGAUGUUAGCAAAUCAAACUUGGAAGCAUCCUCAGCAAUGGUUGAAAAGGACAUAAGAGUUGAAACAAAAAUUUUGGAUGAAGAAAAUAUUGAGUUUGAACCAAAUUCAUUAGACCUAGUGGUCUCCAGUUUAGCACUACAUUGGGUGAACGAUCUACCCAAGGCGUUUAAGCAAAUUCUGAAUGCUCUAAGAGAAGAUGGAGUAUUUUUGGCUUCUGUUUUUGGAGGUGAUACCCUUUAUGAACUCCGGUCAUCUCUUCAGUUAGCAGAACAAGAAAGGCAAGGGGGAAUUUCACCUCAUAUUUCACCCUUCACAGAAGUGAGAGAUAUAGGAUCUCUUUUAACAAAUGCUGGUUUUUCUAUGCUAACCAUUGACACAGACGAGAUAAUUGUUAAUUAUCCAUCUAUGUUUGAGCUGAUGUGGGAUUUGAAAGGCAUGGCCGAAAGCAACGCUGCUUUCAAUCGAUCUAUACGUUUGAAUCGUGAUGUGCAGUUUGCAGCUGCUGCUAUUUAUAAAGAACUGUACCGUAAAGUUGAUAAGGAAUCGGGAGAUGUAAUUGUCCCUGCAACUUUUCAGGUGAUUAAUAUGCUUGGUUGGAAACCUCACUCUUCACAACCUAAACCAAUGCAAAGAGGUACAGCUAAUACAUCUCUCAAAGAUUUGUAUAAAUUAGAUGAAAUCAUCAAAGAGGUGAAAACAGUUGACCAUGAUGAUAAGAAAUAAAUAUAUUAAUUGUUAUCAAAUACUUGUUUUCUAAUUCAAUUAUGUUUUAAAAUUAUCAGAAUUAUUUUGGUCUUCAGGUUAUUCAAAUAAAACUCUGAAAGUCA